AUGCCAAGAAUCCUAGGAACCCGCAUGGCCCAGUUUGCCGUCGGCUCAGGCGCACGGAAAAUCGCGGCGUGCCAGCACGACCACGAGUCGAACUGGUGGGUGGCCAAGCAUCUCAAGAAGCUGCUCCGCCCCACCGUCCCCAGUCCUCCCCAACUCGGUCUUGCCUGCCGUCGGCUCGGCCAAGGCCACCUGUUGAGUCUCAUCACGUACAUCGAAAGCGUCAACUCCAAGCCCGCGCCCACCGUCUGGGGCGAGCGGAUCCCAUUCAACACAAUCUGUGUAGACUUCGCCGCGACCGGUGGAUGGGUGCACAACAUCUGCAUCUUGCACAGUGAGGAACCUCCCGCCUUCGUCACCCACGACUCCGCCGUCACGCUGGUCCACCCCAGCGGACCCGACGCAGCUCCCCAUGUGAUCCAUGUCACCAAGCUCGCCUGCAAUCCAUGUCAUUAA